AUGACGGAUAAUCUUUCGAAAAGUCUUAAAUCAACAGAACAUGAACUAUCGUGGGCAAAUCGAGGUUUAAAAGGCAACACUGCCGCUGAUGUGAAAGAACUAUGUACUGCCAUCGAAAAAUUUAAACCAUUAAAAGCAUUACGUCUUGAAGGUAAUACUAUCAACGAAGAAGCGGCAACAGCGAUCGGAAAAGCAUUAGCAAAACAUAGUGAAAUCGAACGUUUGAUAUGGAAUGAUUUAUUUACAACUCGACUUAAAACAGAAGUGCCACCAUCAUUGAUUAAAUUAACACAAGGACUUUUGACUAAUGGAUCUCACAUAGUCGAAAUUAAUCUAAGUGAUAAUGCAUUUGGGCCUAUUGGUGUAAAAGGACUCGAAUCAUUUCUCUUAUCGUCUGCAUGCUAUACGCUCGAAGAACUUCGUUUAAAUAAUUGUGGCAUGGGCAGUAUGGGUGGCAAAUUAUUAGCAGAAGCCUUGAUUGCUUGUCAUAAGAAUAGUAUUGCAGCUGGCGGCAAACAAUUUGCUCUGAAGCAAUUCAUUGCUGGUCGAAAUCGUCUCGAAAUUGAAGGUUCACAAGCAUUGGCGAAAGCAUUUGAAAUUAUCGGUACUUUAGAAGUUAUUCGCAUGCCCCAAAACGGUAUUCGACCACCGGGUAUUGAAGCAUUGACGACAGCUUUUCUUCACAAUCGAAAUCUACGUAUUAUCGAUCUUAAUGAUAAUACGAUUACAACGGCAGCACCAAAACUAGCGUCUGCUAUUGAAAAACUACCCAAACUAGAAAUACUCAAUCUCGAAUCUUCCUUGAUUCGCACACGAGGCGCAGUCGCCGUCGCUCGUGCUAUCGUUUCCCAUAAGAAUCUCCAAGAAUUGUAUCUUGGAUGUAAUGAUAUGCAUAUCGACGGGGGCUUGGAAGUGGCACGAUCGGUAAAGAAUAUGCCAUCACUGAAGGUGCUAGAUUUGAACGGAAACUGCUUUGGUCUUGAUGGAAUAGAAGAAGUGCGUCAAGUUCUCGAGAAUAAACCAUUUGUUGAUCAAAUGGCGUUCAGUGAUGAUGAAGGUAGCGAUGAGGAAGAAGAAGAAGAAGAGAAUGAUUACGAUGAUGAACAAGAAAUUGAUGAAGACGAUGAUGAAGAAUAUCAAGAAGCAGAAGAGGAACAACCUGAAGAAACACCAGCAUUUUCGACGAAACAAACGAACGGUUUUCAUUUCGCUGCUUCAUCAUCAACCAAUCCACCCGAAGGUGUUAGUGGCCUAUCAAACAUGAUGGCUAAAUUUGACUUCAGUGUAAAUUCCACAUUUAAUUUCGGUUCACAAUCAACAACUGAAGCCAAAGAUAACAAACUCUCAACACUGAUCAGCAUCGAUAAAGUGAAAGAGUACCUUAAAAAUGACGAACAAUCGAUUGAGCGCGCUGUAAAAUUACUCGAAGACCUAUGGAAUGACAAUACACUCGCACAAAAACAAAGUUCAUCUAUAGCAGAAAAUGCUUUGAAGGUUUUGACUUUUUCUACAUCGAACGAACGCAACUUUAAUGAACGACUACUCGUUGCGUUAGGUUUCAUCAAAGACGAACAAACAGGUCGUUUACGUCGUCCGGUGAAUCAGUACAGUAAAAUCUAUCAAACACUCAUUGAUAUUCACCAAAUAUUACCAAAAUCAACGAAAAAUCUUCUUUCAAUAUUUCUUCAAAAUGCUGCACGUGAUCAAAACCCAGGUAUAACGGAAAUGAAGCAAAAAUUAUUAAAAACAAUCAAAGGCUAA